CUUGUUUGUAUAAAGAAAAUAAUUUCAAUUGAUAAAUUGAAUAAAACCCAGCUAUUUUUAGUGUGUCAAGUAAAUGAGCAAGCUCAUGUACUGUAUCUGUUUUUGUAUGAUUGUGUUUAGGGUUGGUCCACUACCAUCAGCGAAACCAGUAAAUCACAAACAACAAAUUGGAUUGAAAGGACAGUCGUUUGUUGAUAGCUAAGAAAUUGAAUUGAAACUGGAAUGCGUGUAGAAACAGUAGAAAGUUCUCGCAUAUGUUAAUAGUGAUUAAGAUUUUGUUCCCUUCUUUUCUUUUUUUUGUGAUAAUUAUGAGGUUUUUGCCCUUGAUGAAACUAAUUGAAGGUUUGGUCAUAUAAUUAUAUGUAUGGACUGGUAGUUGAGAGGUUCUCUCAGGUUUUCUCCCUUCACGCCACAUGCAGUAAGCUUCGAAUCUGAGCAGUAUCCCUGAAAAAUGGAUCAUACAUCAAACCAAGACAAUCAACAGUUAUUUUCACUGCUAACGUCCCUUCAAAAAGCUUCUAAAGAUCUGCAGAAAACCCCCAUUUUUUCAACACAUGAACCCCAAUCCACCCGUGAACCUUUCUUACACCUUGAAAAGGAUGCCAACCCCAUACUUAGCAACGAUCCUCAUCUCUCCAAGCUCUCUCAGCUACUUUGCAACCUCAAAACCCUGCUUGAAAAGCUCCAAAAAUAUCAGGGCUAUACCCUGCCUUCCAUCCUCAGACGCCAAAUCAUCAACUACAAGAUUUACCAAGUUGCUUAUUCAAUCGAUACUGAAAUCCAAGCCUAUUUCGACCGACAAAGCGUUCAAAACCUUGUGGAAACACUUGAAGGUUCGGAUGACGAGGAUGAGAAAGUGAAGGUUUUGGCCGAGUUUGAGAAGCGUUUAUCGCAAGGUUUUGAUAGUUAUUUUCAAGAUUUAAUUUUGAAAGCCAAAGUGUUCUCAAUCCUUGAACUUUUGCUUUGUGAUUCAUCAUGCUCUAUAAGAAUUCAGGACCAGGUAGCACUUGUAAUAGCUUCAUUGAUUAGAUUCAAUAAAGAUGUUUUUGUGGGACUGGUGCUAAUGGGUCCAACUGUUCGAGCUUUAAUAUCAACGCCAUCUUGUUGUUCGAUUCGAGUUCUUUCUUUGCUAAUCAAGUUCAUUAGAAUCCCUUUGGUUGAUGAAUUAGAAGCACACAAAGAAAUCCCUAGAAUUAUAAGCCUUUUAAGCUCGGAAAAUGUGUCAAUUCAAGUUGGAGCCUUAGAUUGCAUACUUGGAAUCGCGUAUUAUGGGAGAAGAGAAGCCAUUGAAGCAAUGCUUGAAGCAGGGUUGGUUGAGAAGCUGGUGAAGUUGCAGAGACUAGAAAAGCAAUCCAAUGACGAUGAAAAUGGAACAAACAAUGGAGGUGGUUCAAAAUCAGACCCAAUAAUGGAAUGCGAUGAAGAGGGUUAUGUUGGUAACUGCCCAUUUGAAGGUUGUGUUGCAAGAUUUGCUGUGCAAUUAGAAGCAGGAGAAAUGUUAAGUAAAAAGGAGAAGACAGAAUUCAAGCUAGAAAUUUUGAGGAGGGUCAGAGAAGCCUCUAUUUCUGAGGCAGAGACUGCUACCAUUGUUGCAGAGGUACUAUGGGGUUCCUCCCCUUGAAAUUAGAUUUGAAGCGUAGGCUUUUUUGUUUAGUUCAACAGAUCUGAGGCUUAGUUAGAGCUCCUUCUUAGUGAUUUGUAUUCAUGUAUUUUAGUUGCAAUGAUUGUUUCAGGAUAUAUGAAACAUUGGCAAAAUAGUUUUCGCCAGGAAAGUCGAGCAUGGAAUACUUCAAACAUUGUGAAGAUAAAAGGAAUCUCAUCUUACAAUUGAUUCUUUUGUUGGAAA